AUGGUCCCCUCCUUCACCCCCUUCACCAACAUCAUCAAACUCUCCGUGGACACUGGUCGAUCCAUUAUUUCAGGACAUGACACAUUCCCAGAGAUGGUAUUUGAAUUAUUGUAUGACUUCUCAAGACAUUGGUCUUUCAUGAUGCUGACCCUCAACUCAGAUUCAACUCGAGUUAGCCUGGAUCUCGUUGGUGAUGAUCAAACCAACGGUAGCAGGAACCCGUAUCUAAACCUUUUGCAACUCACAAAUGAGCAUUCCUUUCUACAACAAAUUAUCAUCGCAGUUUCUGCAUCUCAUAUGUGCAAUUUAUCAAGAUCAUGGCUAGGCCCUAACUCAUAUGAAAGAGAAGAGGCACCAAAAAAGUUGCUCAUGGACGCUCUCGUCGCCAAACAAAAAGGACUACAAAUGAUGCCAGAUGCGUUACGGAAUAUUGACACCAUUGGAGCCGAUGUGAUUCUUGCAACUGUUUUGUUUCUUAUCAACUCAGAGCUCAUCGAGUCUGGUUGGCAAAGCUGGCGGCCUCAUCUCGAAGGUGCGAAGAAGCUUUUGAAUAUGAUAGAACCAUAUACUGGUUCCGACACAACUCUGAGAGACUAUAUCGUUGCGGACUGUUACGUGUAUUGCACAUUGAGCUUAUCUUUCAACCCAUCACAACCAGGCACCCAAGCAGCUUCAUUUGCACCAAGUCAAGUCAAAGCAACAUUAUCACGAACCAACAACUCUUUUUUCUGUUGCCCACCUGAAGUUCUCGACAUCCUCCGUGAGACAGCACAACUUUUGCAUGCCGAAGCUCAAGGGAACGUCUCCAGCAAUGAAGCGCUUAUCGAAUUCACGAACCUACUAGACCGCGUACAACGCCUCGACGUUCUCAAAUGGGCAAAGGACAGAAUGCCAGAUGCCAGUAAAGCCGCUCUAUGGAGCAGCGCUCGAACUGGUUCCGCGCACAGACUGGCAACAUGCCUCUACAUCAUCCAAGCAGCUCCCGCACUACGAGCCAGGAUGCCAGACCAAGUUUGCAAAACCCUCAUCCAGGAUCUUUACGAGACGCUCCUACCACAGCCUGACGAAGACCCAAACUUCAAAGCCACAGGCUGGCCCACCUUUAUUUAUGGAACAACGGCAACGACUCCGGAGAGCCGGGCGUGGGUUAUGGAUCGAUUAAAGGCGGUAGCGCAAAUCAACCCGUGGGGAUUCUUAUACUCUGCAAUUGAUACGUUGCAGAUUUUGUGGAAGCAUGAGAAUGGGGAUGAUGGAUGUAUGAAUUGGUUGCAGAAACUCAAGGAUUUGAACAUGGACUUCUUGAUGGUUUAG